GUAAUAAAACUAUAAGGGAUUUGGAAAACACCUUACCCUGGCCUUCUCUAGUGUUUGAGAUGCAGCCUUGGUGAUACACACUUUAAGCAUAGCUGUUUUUAUAUGCCUGAAUACCCAGUUCCUCUACUUGACAUGCUCAUAAGACAGUAGUAGGUAACUUUUUUACCAGGCUGACUAGGGGUAGGAGUUUGACCUGAACCUGCCUGUGCCCUACAGAUGUUCCCUGCUACAGAAAAGCUCCAGUCUUUUAGAGGACUAGGAGAAAACCUAGACCAGGUAAGAGAGGUCAUAAAGCAGCCACAAGGCAGUACACACACUACAGUGACUGCUUGGGUAAUUCUAAAGGAAGGCUGUGAAAUACCUAACCUCAGGAUACUGGUAAAAGAAUGUAAUCAUUUCCGGCAGAUCUCUUAAUUUAAAAGUUAGAAGAUCAAGCAGUUCUUGAGAUACCAUCCUCUUCUUUCUACUGCAAAUACUAAAUUAUCUAAAAUGGUUUGCAUCAGGACUCUAGGAAAAUACUGAAGGAUUCCUGCCCAUUGUUCUUGUGCCUUACAUUCCCUUAACCACCCUUUCAGAACACGUUAGUAUAUUACAUGAGAUAUAACGCAUCCCUUUAAAAGAAAAAAAAAAGCCUCUUGGGGAGGGAUUAUUGCUCUUGAGUGGCAGAACCCCAAAACUCAAGCCAAAGGCUUUUCUUGGACUAUGCAUGCAUAAGAGUCUAGCCAUCCAACUACAGUCUUUGGGAGGGCCUAAGGGAGACCUAAGGGACUAUUAACCAAAGGUCUCCUACAGAGUGUGUAUGUGUUAAAGGACCAAGGACGCUGCCAGUGAAAAUACUCUUCAGAGUUUAAAUUUCUUGGCUUUAGGGAACAUAAUUGCUGUGAGAAACAAGUGCAAAUCUGUCAAAAAGUCUGGUAAGCACUUAGGAUUCGGAUUCUCCAGGGGCACACAAGUUCACUUGAGAAGUUCACUAUGUGUCACCCCUAUGACAACAGUUGGGUGACGUUCUGGGGCUAGCCAGAGGUUGCCAUGGAAUUUUUUUUUCUGAACAUGUAAAGGGCAGAGACCUACAAUGGACUAAGAAAUGCCUGCUGUCAGUCAAAGGAAAAGCCACUAACUCAAGAGAUCUGCCUACCUUUGCCACAGGCCACCACUAUCUGGCUUUUUUUUUUCUCUUUAAUUUUAAAAACAAAUUUCUAAUAAGUUUUGGUCCUUUUGUACAUGGGAAGAGGGAAGUACUUUUUUUAGUAUUAUCCACCACUUUUGUUAUUGUGUGGUUUCUCAACACAUUUAAGUCAAACAAAAAAGGGAUAGCAAUACCUUGCCUCACAGAUCUAUAUAAUGUUCUCCAGAAAGCAGAAAAGCUCACUAUGGGACAGUGCAUACACAGUGUCCAAAAAUGAGGAAAAAGAAUGUCAUGUGGUGGUGCAUGCCUUUAAUCCCUGCAGAGGCAGAUUCAGGUGAAUCUCUGAGUUCAAGGCCAGCCUGGUCUACAUAGGGAGUUCCAGGACAUUCAGAGCUACAUAGAGAAACCCUAUCUCCAAAGGAGGAGGACGAGGAGGAGUAGGGGGGAGAGAAGAAGGAGAAGAAGAAAUGAAACAGUGAAACAGGUUCUUGUCUGACUUCAAGGGAAUUGAGAGGAUACCAGACCAUCCCUCUAUCCUAUUAGGCUUUCUUUUUCUUUUUGAUUUUUCAGAACAGGGUUUCUCUGUGUAGCUCUGGCUGCCCUGGAACUUUCUCUAUAGACCAGGCUGGCCCCACUAUCACAGAGAUCUGUCUCCAGGGUACUAGGAUUAAAGAUGUAAGGCAUCACCGCCCAACUGACUUUAAUGUGUCUGGAUGUUUGCCUAUAUGUUUGUGCACAAUGCACAUGCAGUAUCUUCAGAGGUCAGAAUAGGAGUCAAGAUCCCUUGGGAUUGGAGUUACAGUUGUGAGACACAGCAUAGGUGCUGGGAAUCGAACCCUGGUCCUCUGAAAGAACAGCCAAUGUUUUUAAAUGCUGGCAGCUCUUUAGUAUUCCCUCCUCCCUUUUUAUUAUUGCACAUGCUUUCUUCCUGCAAAAGCUCUAUAUAACUCUAUGCAAUGCCCAUUAAUUUCAGUAAAGCACUUUGAAUUAAUACCUGAUUAAGUGUUCCAGUAGACUGGGACUGACCCCACAACCAUUGAGGAAACAAGACAUGGAACUGUUCACUAUCAGUUUAAUGGAUCAAGGACAAUGUGGUGCCAGACAAGCUGCUGUCAAGUUUGUAAGAUACCAUUUGAAGGACUCCCCCUCCCUUUUGCCCAUCCUGCAAGCACCUAAGCACAGAAUGCUGAAUUUGUGGUCUCCUCUAGAGCUCUUGAAGUUGAUUAAAAACAAAGCAGUUGAGUAGAUAAGACUGACUGCGGGUGUGAAUUCCCAGUGUUCACACUCAAUGGCUUUAACAAGAAGCUACUCGCCUCAGGGAAUAUGAAUAUUAAAUAUACUCCUGAAAUUUUGUCUGAUUUACAAGACAUUGAUGAAACAAAGAAACUGUAGGGCUGGAGAGGUGGCUCAACAGGCCACAGCACUUGCUGUUCUUGCAGAUGACUAGAGUCAGGUUUCCACUCAGACAGCUCACAACUCCUCUCGCUCCAACUCCAAGAACUCCAACAAUUUCCGGUUGCUAUGGGCAUUUGAGAAGACAUUGACAAUAAGAAAGCUGUAGUUCAUUGCCUAGGACACCAAAGGAAAACAACAAAAAGAAAUAAAAUGGCUGACCAGGCUGCCUGCCUGGGAACCAUAACCCCUGAGUCUCUUUUUUAACUUUGCAAGUUAUUUCAGUAUCAUUCCCAUUACACUCCUUAAGGCUUAAGAUAUGUGAGUUUUUUAUUUAGCUUUACUGGAUGUGGACACUUCACUUUAAAAAAAAAAAAAAUCCUAUGGCUGGAGAGAUGGCUCAGUGGUUAAGAGCACUGACUGCUUUUCCAGAGAUUCUGAGUUCAAUUCCCAGCAGCUACAUGGUGGCUCACAACCAUCUGUAAUGGGAUCAGAUGCUCUCUCUCUUUUUUUUUUUUUUUUAAAGAUUUAUUUAUUUUAUGCGUAAGAGUACCAGAUGCUCUCUUUUGGUGUGUCUGAGGACAAAAACAGUAUGCUCACAUAUAUUAAAUAAAAUAUCCUUUUAAAAUCCUGAAAUACCUACGUUGUCAUUAAAAGAUCAUCUCUACAUCUGGACCACCUCCAUGUAUUCCUGAUGAGCAUGGGAGCCCUCACUUCUCAGACUGUACCCAACACAUGGUUGAAUUGCACGGAUGUCGUUCUCUGUGGUUUAAUCUGACUUGGACUGAAUCCUUCUCAAAUACUAGAAAGAACAAGGACAUAUAGAGCAACAGAUGAACGGACCCAGUGACAUUCUGCUGACUUCCACUCAUCCUUUACCCUUGCAAUAAUUACAACUUAAAUACAGCUGGAUGUGAUGUGAUGGCCAAGGCCUUUAACACAACCCUCCGGGUGGCAGGCAGAUCUCAGCAAGUUCAAGAUCAGCCUAGUCUACAGUUCCAGGCAGACAGAGCAAUAUCGUAAGACCCUGUCUCAAAACAAAACAAAACAAAACAAACAAAAAAAAACUUUAAUGGACAUGAUAUAGAAGGAACUCAAAGUGACAGGGUUGGUACUAUAAAUAAUUUGUUAAUAAAUUUGCUGCACAAAGUUAGAAUCCAGUUAAGGAAGCUGCAUAGAGUAGAUAGUAACACGCCAACUAGGCCUGUUAGAGAUUAGUGAAAUUGAGAGCACUAGGAUGGAUGGAUGCUAAUGUCUGUUCAGCAAGACUGACUUCCAAUUGGGCUCCAUUCCCACAACAAAGGGAUACUACCCUGCUUAACAGCUGGCCAUUAGGCUCACUCCCAAAGGAUGCCGCCCAAAAGAGGCAGCACAGAGGGUCAGCAAUUGUUAAGUCCUGGUCUACUGCUAAAUCCCCUGUGCUUUUAUCAGGAGGAACAUAAUUCUGCCUCAUGGGAAAAAAUGAACUUGGGUAACAAUUAUUCAAACAAGCAAACAAAAGUAAAGAAAAACCCAACAGUGGUGUACUUAAACACUUUAGCCAAGCUUGGGAAAAAAACAGAGAGAGAGAUUCUGGCAGUAUUUUUACUGUGUAAAUCUCCCAUCUGCCCAUGUGGCCAGACUUGCAGAUUCCUGUCUGUUUAAAUUUUUCAAAGUGGAGCCAGGACCUGAAAGGGAAGAGAGCAUCUAUGGCGUGUACAAGCCUAAGUACGGUGUGUGGAUAAAGUUAGUAAACUCUUCUGGCCGUGGCUGGCUCCUUUCUAAGCCCUAGUAGGAACCCAUCACAUUCUAUAUAAAGCAGCCCCUUUUCCUUUACUAAUCUCUUAAGUGUUCAUAGUGAUUUCUCACUGGGAAGGCAUAUUAAUAUUAAUUCUAGAACAAAUACACCUCACAAGUCUCUGAAGUAACCAAAGACUAGAAGAUGUGUGACCCAAAUAGAGAUUGAAAUUUUCUCUUUAAAAAGGCAAUAGAGGGGUUGGGGAUUUAGCUCAGUGGUAGAGCGCUUGCCUAGCAAGCGCAAGGCCCUGGGUUCGGUCCCCAGCUCCGAAAAAAAGAAAAGAAAAGAAAAAAAAAAAGGCAAUAGAGCUGAGGAUAUAGCCCAGUAGGUACCAUUCCUGCAUGCACUAGUCCCUGAGUUUUUGUUGUUUGUUUGUUUGUUUGUUUGUUUGUUUUGGUUUUUCUAGGCAGGGUUUCUCUGUAUAGCCCUGGCUGUCCUGGAACUAAAUUUGUAAACCAGACUGACCUCAGUCUCAGAGAUCUACCUGCCUUUGCCUCCCGAGUACUGGGAUUAAAGGUGUGCACCACCAUACCCUGCAACUUUAAUAUCUUAACACCUCUCAAAACUAGGCAUGGCAGUACACACUUGCAAUUCCAUUACUGGAGAGGUAAAGGCAGGAGGAUAGGAAAUGCAAAAUCGUCUUCAGCUACAUAAUCAACUCAAGGUUAGCCUUGGCUACAUAAUACCCAACCCCCGCACACACUCACAAAAAGAAAAAAAGGUCAUCCCACCACUCAGGACUGAGACAGGAGAAUCUUAAAUUCAGCACCAUUGUGAGUUUUAUAUGAGAAUCUAUCUUUAAAAAAAAAAAAUUUUUCAAAGUCAAUAGCCAGGUAGGUGUGGUGAUACAUGUCUUUAACCCCAGAUCUUAGCGGCAGGAGGAUCUCUGGAAGUUUGAGACCUGCCUUGUCUAUUUAUUGAGAUCUAGGAUAGCUAGAGGAACAUAGCAUAGAGAGAACUUGUCUCAUAUACAUGUUAACAUAUAAAUGCUGGAGAGAUAGUUCAGAGGUGAGAAGAGCUUCCAGAGAACUGGAGUUGGGUUAUUAUCACCCAUGUCCAGGAAGCCCACCACUGUCUGUAACUCCAGUGGCCUCCAAGGGCACCAACACAUGGCAUAAACUUAUAUAUACAUAAAUAAAAAUAAACUUAAAAUCUUUAAAAGGCAAAAAACAGCUGACUUGACCCUUUGGGAGUAGCAUAAUUGUGUUUAGCUACAUGUUUCUCUUUCCCUUGAAAACUAACCUUAAUGGUUUCUGUUUACAUUUACCUUGUUGCUUGAGCCUGUGUAUACAUAGAUAACUCCAAGGGUUAUCUCCCAAACCCUGCCUAAAACAAGAUAUGUAAGUGAUAGUAUCUUUCAAAACUUGUUGAUUCAUGAUCGCACUGACCUCUUGGCUUUAUCUCUGUGUUCUAACAAGUUAUCUGAUAAGCUGGAAAGGUGUUGAAGAACCUUGUGAGUAUCUGUGUGAGUCUCUGAGUAUCUGUGUGAGUGUCUGUGUAUAUGUAAGUGUCUGUGAAUAGCUGCAGAAGAAGGAGGGCAUGCCAAUGGGCUCUCCGGCCAGCUGCUGUCAAUCUGUCCUCUCUAAGACAUAAGUACUCCGCCAACACCAAAGCUUCUCAAGAACUGAGGCUGAAGAUGUAGUCCAGAGGUAGAGGUCUUAUCUAACAUGUAUAAUCCUCUGUGUCUGAACACCAGCACCAAAAUCCCAAAACCAAACCUAGGUACUUAUACACCAGGAAGGUAGAUCUAGGUGUACUCUUCCACCUACUCUCCUGUAGAACCUUGCCUUAAGGAGUAGUAGAAACACAAAGAGUUUCAAAUCUGUCACCUUUGAAAUUAUGGCUAGUGAAACUGCCUGAGACAACUCAGGUGGGGUGCAGGGCAGGCAGAGAAUAGAAUGUUUAGCUAAAGAAACCUUCAACAGCCAGAUUGCUAAGGUCUAGACCAUAGCUUGGCCAAGCCAGGAAGGCUUUUUUUUUUGUUUGUUUUUUUGUUUUGUUUUGUUUUGUUUUCUUUUUUGAGACAGCUGUUUUCUCGCCUAGGCUAGCCUCAAACUUUUGAUACUCUUGCCUCAGUCUUCCAAAUACUCCAGGAAGGCUUUGAGGACGAGAAAUGGCUCAGUGGUUAGAAGCAUUUCCUACUCUUCCAGAGGCCCUUGAGUCCACAUCAGGUGGCUCACAACCACCUGUAAUUCCAGCUGCAGGGGAUCUGACAGCCUCUUCUGGCCUCCACAGGUACUUUCUAGUAUGUACACAAACACAUACACACAAACACAUACUUAAAAACUUUUUUUUAUUUUUAUUUUUUUUUCUUUUUUCUUUUUUUCGGAGCUGGGAACCGAACCCAGGGCCUUGCGCUUGCUAGGCAAGUGCUCUACCACUGAGCUAAAGCCCCAACCCCAACUUUUUUUUAAAUAGAGAGUUGUGCUAUAGCAAAUAGUUCUUGUUGUAAUUACAAUAUUCAUGGUUUUUUUUCAUCUUUAUUAACUUGAAUAUUUCUUAUUUACAUUUCGAUUGUUAUUCCCCUUCCCGGUUUCUGGGCCAACAUCCCCCUAACCCCUGCCCCUUCCCUUUUCUAUGGGUGUUCCCCUCCCCAUCCUCUCCCCGCCUCCCAUUACUGCCCUCCCCCCAACAAUCACAUUCACUGAGGGUUCAGUCUUGGCAGGACCAAGGGCUUCCCCUUCCACUGGUGUUCUUACUAGGCUAUUUAUUGCUACCUAUGAGGUUGGAGCCCAGGGUCAGUCCAUGUAUAUAGUCUUUGGGUAGUAACUUAGUCCCUGGAAGCUCUGGUUGGUUGGCAUUAUUGUUCAUAUGGGGUCUUGAGCCCCUUCAAGCUCUUUCAGUCCUUUCUAAGUUUCCUUCAACGGGGGUCCCGUUCUCAGUUCAGUGGUUUGCUGAUGGCAUUCGCCUAUGUAUUUGCUUAUUCUGGCUGUGUCUCUCGGGAGAGAUCUACAUCCGGUUCCUGUCAGCCUGCACUUCUUUGCUUCAUCCAUCUUGUCUAAUUGGGUGGCUGUAUAUGUAUGGGCCACAUGUGGGGCAGGCUCUGAAUGGGUGUUCCUUCUACCUCUGUUCUAAACUUUGCCUCCCUAUUCCCUCCCAAGGGUAUUCUUGUUCCCCUUUUAAAGAAGGAGUGAAGCAUUCGCAUUUUGGUCAUCCUUCUUGAGUUUCAUGUGUUCUGUUCAUCUAGGGUAAUUCAAGCAUUUGGGCUAAUAUCACAAUAAUCGUGUUUUAAGGUUCAAACUAACCUGGGGAAUAUCUGAAAACAUGUUUCCUGGCUUUAUCAAACAUCCCCCAGGAGGACUAGGCAUGAUGACAAACACCAGUAAUUCCAAAACUUGGGAGAUAGAGGAAUGGAGAGCUCAAGGUCAUGCCCACCUACAAAUCAAGUUUAAGGCUAGCCUGAGCGACUAUAAGAACUAGGCAACAGGGAUUGAGGAUUUAGCUCAGUGGUAGAGCACUUGCCUAGCAAGUGCAAGGCCCUGUGUUCGGUCCCCAGCUCCGAAAAAAAGAAAAAAGAAAAAAAAAAAAAAAGACCUAGGCAAAAAUGACUUCCUCACGGUUGUUUUCUGGAAUUUUCAGGGCACUGAGUCUAUCUAUUCUUGGCUACUUAAGUUGAAAUGUUAAUUUUACUGACCUUAUUUGUGACUUCCGUUAUAAUUAAAUGUGCUUCAAAAUGUUCAGGAAAACAAUGACUAAAGAAACUAAGCAGUGAUUCCACAAAACCUUUAAUUUUUCUGCAAGAAAUAUUGAGCACAUCAAAUUCAUGUGAAAUAGUUUCAUUCCUCCACUACAAGUGCACAACCACCUCACAUUUAUCAGCUACUUCUGUUGCUGUGAUUAAAAUAUCAUGACCAAAGCAACUUAAAAGAAAGAGAGGGUUUAGUGUAGGCUUACGGUUCCUGAGGGAGAUGAGUCCUUCAUGGUGGUGAAGUGGUAAACAUUGUGGCUGGAGUAGCAAGCUUAGAACUCACAUUUUGAACCAAAAGCAGGAAUUGGAGAGUGAACUGGUAAUGGUGUGUGACUUUUAAGUCUCAAAAGUUGCCUCCAGGAACAAUUUUCUUCCAGAAAGGACACACUCCCUAAACCCAGACUAACAGCACCACCAACUGGAGACUGAAUAUUAUGUCUGAGCCUAUGGGUGACAUUCUCAUCCAAACCAUUGCACCAUCCCAGAAGAAGGCGGCCUAUCGGUCGUUGUCCCUCAUCCUUCAAGACUGAAGAAUUGGAAAUGGAUUGGGGUUUGUAACUGGGCUCCAUAAUGAACUAAACACUAAGACCUGGCGGCAGAUCCUCGUAACCCAGCACUUGAGAGAUGCAGGAACUGUUAACCCCACUGGAGAGAACAAGACCGCUACCACAAGGUUAAGCCAGAUUUAAAGCAAACUUUAUUAAAUAUCUGCCAGGAAGAUGGACUCUGGCCAGGUCCAUUCCUGGGUUCCCAAAAAUGUUGAAGAGUCACAUUUUCUAGAGGCAUAAAAAGCAACCCUGGCAGGGGCAAGCUUACAUUCUAACAUACUUACUGCCUAUGUUCCUCUGUCUACAUCCAAUCAGGCAAGUGAACAACAUCCUGACAUAUUUCCUGCCUAUAUGUGACCAAGCACAUUGAGUGCAGCUGAGUCAAACAAUUUUGUUUGGAGGAGCAAAAGUGUGUUGGUUGCUCUCUCUCAUAAAGAAUUGCCACCAGCAUUUCGGGAAAUGUCUGUCAUUGGGCAGGGGGCUUACAGGUUAGAGGCACUUCUCUUCCACGAGUUUCUCAGGCACAAUAAUUAAAACUUAAAACAACUUUGACUCUCAAAGCAAGAGCAUCUUCAGCUAGAUAGCAGGUUGAAGCUUAGCCUGAGCUCUGUGAAACCCCCUUCUGAUUCUGGGAGGGAUAUGUAAGAUGUGCACCUCAUAAAUGUACCUGUGAAUAUGGAAGAAUGUGUUUUGUUUGGCAUGUUAUCCUUAGGGAGCCCAUGGUAGAAGAUGGAAUAUUGGUUCAGAACCAUUCUUCUUUUCUUGUAAUCUUAUUUUUACCAAACUCCUAAAUCAGAUUUGGUGCUGGGUGAGCUGUGAGCACACCGAGCUUGACAGAGAGGAAACGGAAUCAAGCAGUCAGGGCGUUCUGGAGAAUGUCUUUAAUCCUAGUACUCAAGAGGUCAUCAGAAUGACCUGAUUCAGGUAGGAAUAUGUGAAGUAUGUACCUCAGUCCCUUGUCCAGGGGUCCCAAACCAAACACUGAAUAUUAUAUAAAUUAUGUAUAUAUAUAUAUAUAUAUUAAUAAAGCUGUUUUCUAAGAGUUUUGAAUCUUUUCCACUCUAAAGUUGAUUCUCGUUUCCGUUUUUAUUUUUAGUUCUGGGAAUGGAACUUGGCCUACCUAAUGCUAAUGUUUUAGGUAAGCAAUCUCCUACCAAGAAAAGUUAACAUCCCAAACAAAACUCGUUCUUCCUGUGUUCAAACUAGCCACACCUUGACUACACUUCCCCAUCCAAAUUCCUUUAAUUAUGGAUAGCAAGUACCUGUGUGUAUGGAUAGUAUAACCUGUAGGCAGGUUAUACAUUGUUAAGAAAAUACCCACUGUAUAAUGUUACUCCCACAUAAUAAUUAGUCUAGGGCUCCCCAUUAGUCUCAAGAAACCAGAACACCACAGGUUAUGUGAGGCGGCAUAGCUAGCUAAGAAGGCUGUGUGUGGGCUUUAGCAUCGCAGGGUUCUACGAAAUGGAACCUUGUUCACACCAGCACAGUGAGUUACUGAAAGGUAUAAUUCACUUGAUAGGUGGCUAUCUUAAUCAGGGUUACACCAUGACCAAAGCCACUUGGGGAGGAAAGGGUUUAUUUGGCUUACAAUUCUACAUCACUGUUCAUCCUGAAGGAAGUCAGGACAGAAACUCAAACAGGACAGGAGCUGCCACAGAAACUAUGGAGAAAUGCUACUUACUGGCUUGCUCCUCAUGGCUUACUUAGCUUGCUUCCUUAGAGAACCAGGACUAUCAGCCCAGAGGUGACAUCACCCACAGUGGGCUGGGCCCCUCCCACAUCAAUCACUAAUUAAGAAACUGCCCUACAGGGGUUGGGGAUUUAGCUCAGCGGUAGAGCGCUUGCCUAGGAAGCGCAAGGCCCUGGGUUCGAUCCCCAGCUCCGAAAAAAAAAAGAACCAAAAAAAAAAAAAAAAAAAAAAAAGAAAGAAAAGAAAAGAAAAAAGAAAGAAAGAAAGAAAAAGCAGCUCAGUGGUCACUUACUCAGCAUAGUACAGAGGGGGCAGGGUAGAAGAGGGUUAGACCUCCCUGAAGUUACAGAUGUUCUUUCCUCCCUUACAGUGCAGCCUUCAGCACUGUAGCAGAAAAGCACUUGCUCAAGGUGAUCCAUAGACUUCUUGUUUUAAAUUCACUGGACUGUGUUUUUUAUGGCUUUGAGGAGCUGGGAAUUGAACCCAAAGGCUCAAGCAUAGUCAACAUGCAUUCCACCACUGAGUUACACUCACAGCUCCAUACAGCUGUCUCUGUACUCAGCAUACACUGGUCUGGAACUAACCACCAGCUUGCCUCUGCCUCCCACACUAGGAUGACGGCGUACACCACCAGGUUUGUCUGGCUUUAAAGUUAAAUCUUCUUGGCUUCAGUUUCUGCUGUGUUGGGCCAGAGUUUAGGUCUUUCUAAAGAUUAGCUAGCAAUUUUGUUCGGAGCUAGCUUUGGAGGUUUCUGCCCACCGCCAUGGAUGAGCCAUCCGAGAAAGUCGACCCAGUCGUGAACCCAGAAACUCAGAUGUAUGAUGGAUCUCAGAGGGAAGAUGAAGGGGACUCACCGGAUGAUUCAGAAAUCCUACAACCAGAAACACUAGUAAAGGUCAUGAAAAAGCUAACCCUGAACCCCAGUGCCAAGCCGACAAAAUAUCAUCGUCGUCAAAGGGUUCGUCUCCAGGUUAAGAGCCAGCCUGUGGAGAACAGAAGUGAAAGAAUCAUGAGGGAAGUUCAAAGCGCCUUUCCCAGGAGAAGGGUCCGCACACUGUUGUCCGUGCUGAAAGACCCCAUAGCAAGGAUGAGAAGAUUUGUUCGGAUUGAGCAGAGACAAAGACAGCUUGAAGGAAAUGAGAGACGAGAUGAGCCAUUCAGAUGUCUCUGCACUUUCUGCCAUUAUCAGAGAUGGGAUCCUUCUGAGAAUGCUAAAAUCGGGCAGAACCAGAAGAAUUAGGGCAGUUUGAAUUGUACACCGUCCUUGCCGUUAACGGUGUCAUGCAGCAGAUGUGAAAGCUGUUUUUUUGUUUAAGAUUAAACUUUUCUUGGUGCUGGGGAAAUCUCUUCUAAUUGCUAACCUUUAAAUUAUAUAGGAUGUGUGACAUUUGGAUUCAUGGGAAUGACAGAUUUACCCAAGAAUUGAGCAUGAGUCAAAGCCUGGUAGUUUGAUUUAGAAGGUAAUUGGAAUAAAUCUUUUUAUUUUAGAUUUUCUAGUUUGCAGAGAAAUUUGUAAUAAAGGCAAAUUUGUUAUCUUUAAUAAAUACAGAACAGAUUAGAAUGAAAAAAAAAGUUAAAUCUUCUUUGUUUCUUUCUUCCUUCCUUCCUUCCUUCCUUCCUCCCUCCCUCUCUUUCUCUCUCUUUCUUUCUUCUUCCUCUUCCUCUCCCUCUUCUUCUUCUCCUCCUCCUCUUCCUCCUCCUCCUCCUCCUUUUUCUUCUUUUGGACAGGGUCUUUCUGUAGCCUUCACCUUCACUAUCCUGGAGAUCCACCCAACUAUACCUGCUGAUUGCUGGGAUUAAAGGGAUGGGCCACCACACUCAGCCAAAAUGAAGCAUUUCUUAAAUGCAUUAGUAUAUUAUAUAGGCUAGCAUGGAUGGCACUCUGUUUGAAAUGACAUGAAAAAACACAGGGGGUUGAGGCUACACCUCAGUGGCAGAACCUAGCAUAUGUAGAACCCUACGUUCAAUCUCCAGUACUUUUAAAAAGGGGGGAGGGGGGUUGGGGAUUUAGCUCAGUGGUAGAGCGCUUGCCUAGCAAACGCAAGGCCCUGGGUUCGGUCCCCAGCUCCGAAAAAAAGAAAAAGAAAAAAAAGGGGGGUGGUAGUGCACACAUUUAAUACACAGGAGGUAGAGGCAGGUGGACCUCUGUGGGUCUGAGGCCACCUUGGUCUCCAAAGUUCUAGUUCAGCUAGGGCUACACUGUGAGACCUUGUCUCAAAAAGAAAAAAAAAAAGGGUUGGGGAUUUAGCUCAGUGGUAGACCGCUUGCCUAGCAAACGCAAGGCCCUGGGUUCGGUCCCCAGCUCCAAAAAAAAAAAAAAAA